UCAUCCUCCAUUUUGUGAAAACCGUUUCCUGUUAUCUUACCGUUCAGACUUCGACGAAGAAUCGACACAAGCAUCGGUACAUUUCUCACUGUCUAAAAUACAUUUCAGUCAUGGACACAGGUGUCGUGAUGAAGACUUUUGCUCUGAUCAGUGUUUUUCUUCUUCCUGGGACUUUGCUGUCAGUUCAAGCAGCUGACAAACACUCCCUGUUCUACAUAUACACCGCUUUAUCCAAACCCAUGGAUCUGCCAGGCAUCUAUGAGUUCACUGCGAUGGGUCUACUGGAUGACAGACAGAUUGACUACUACAAUAGUGAGCAACAGAAAAAGAUUCCUAAACAGCACUGGAUGGAAGAGAAAAUGCAGCAGGAUUACUGGGAAAAAGGCACUCAGUCCCGAAAGAGCAAAGAGCAGUGGUUUAGUGUCAAUGUCAACAUUCUGAUAGACCGAAUGAGACAAAAUAAGACAGAUCUCCAUGUUCUUCAGUGGAGACAUGGUUGUGAAGUUGAGAAACAAGGAAAUGACACGAAGUUUUUCAAAGGCAUCGAUGAGUACAGCUAUGAUGGAGUGAACUUCCUGUCUUUUGAUGAUAAACAAUCUCAGUGGGUCGCUCCAGUUUUUGAAGCUCUCCAAACCAAGAGAAAAUGGGAUGACGUACCCAUCCUAAACCAGUACACCAAGGGUUAUCUGGAGAAAGAGUGUGUGGACUGGCUCAACAAGUUCAGAGAAUAUGGAGACCAGGAGCUCAAAAAGAGCUCACCACCAGAGGUUUAUGCGUUUGCAAGGAAGUCUGUCAGUGACAAAAGCAAACUGAAACUCACCUGUCUGGCCACUGGCUUCUACCCCAAGGAUGUGACAUUGAAAAUAAGGAAAUAUCGAACAUCUCUGCCUGAAGAUCAGAUUGCUUCAUCAGGAGUCUUACCAAACCAUGAUGGAACAUUUCAGAUAAGGAAGAGUGUGGAAAUACUGGAGGAAGAAAAAGCAGAUUAUGAUUGUUAUGUGGCUCACAGAUCCCUUGAUGAACCCAUUAUCAACAAAUGGGAUGGAAAGUGUGGUGACUGCAAUCCAGUGACGGGCAUGGGUGUUAUCAUUGUAGUGGUGAUUGGAGCUGUGCUCGUAUUGGUUAUGAUCCUUAUAGUUUACAUCUUAAAGAUGAAGGGCAUUUUUCCCAGAUCAGCUUCUCAUCGGGACAAGAGGACCCCUAUUGGACAAAAUGAAGUAUUGCCUCUGAAUGCAGCAGGCCAUGUGAAUUCUACUGUGAUACCUGUCGACAAUGUAAAUAAGCCUGAGGAGGGAGAGAGACUGCUUAAAGAUGGAUCAAAAGCAGGAAGUCAGGAGAGCGAUUUGUCUGACUCUGGAAAUGGGAGCAACUGCAGUGAAUUCUCUAUGGACAACAAAACUGUCAAUCAUUUAUGACAUUUUUCCACUGCACAUUACAGUUCGACUCACUUUACGUUUCUGAACUUGCUUUUCCACUGCUGUUUAGUGCCACCUCAACGUGGGUGGGAUUAUAGUCUGAUCGUCAUAGUUGCGCCGCUUCCACUGCCGUGACAUCAUCUUAAACGUGACACAAAACAAUAAACAAUAACACGACCGCUAGCUGUUAGCUACUAGCUCAUUGUGCUGUAUAAAGCAGUUGUUGCAUGGUGAUUUUACACAAGUGUAACAGUUAAAUUGGCCUUGUAGUUUUAGAAGGAAGCUUCCAGUAGCUGGUCAACUAAAUAAAGUGAAGUUUUCAAGCAGAGUAUAGAGUUAACAUACCAUUCUCUUUUUACUUUUUGCUACACUGUUGGUAGGUCUGGUGGUAGCCUUUUGCGGCCAACAGAGACACUUCCUGAAAGACAUUUUUGUUUUGUUCGUUGCUAAUGAGAGGAACGUCUGCACCUUGUUUAUUGACCAUGGCGUGGUUUUGCAUACAGCCAUUUCUUUUUACAAUUCGAAAGUCACGCGAACAAAUUAUACUGUUAUCGCUGUUGGUAACUUUAAAACUAGCGGGUUGAUGUCACGUGUCCCAAAUCCAGUGAUGCUGGUAGUGACUAUUCUCACUGACCAUUCCGUGAUCUGCAGGAUUUUGACGUCACAUUUAGUAUCGGCUCUGUUUGCUUGGAACCUCAAAAGAGGUAGUACUAAAAAAUCAGGUACCAGGUACUAUCCACAGUGGAAAACACCCAAAAAGCAAGCAUAGACGAGUCGAGUUGUACCAUGAACAGCAUAUGCUCUCAACCAAUCAGAUUUAAGGCUUCGGGUUGUGCUUUAAAUAACAUUGUACCAACCUGUAUUUUUCCUGCUGAUUUUAAGGGUAAUUAAAGGAACUGUUCACCCAAAAAAAAUUACAAUGCUGUCAUCAUUUACUCACCCUCAUGAUAUUCCAGAUGUGUAUGACUUUCUUUCUUCUGCAGAACACAAAUGAAGAUAUUUAGAAGAAUAUUUCAGCUCUUUUAGUCCAUACAAUACAAGUGAAUGGUGACUUUGAAGCUCCAAAAAGGACACAAAAUCAUCCUAAAUGUAAUCCAUAGGACUUCAGUGGUAAAAUCAAUAUCUUAAAAAGUGAUAAGAUUGGGUGAGAAACAGACCAAAGAUUUAUAGUGAAAAAGGAUUUCUAUUUUGGUCUGUUUCUCCACACCUAUCAUAUCACUUCUGAAUAUAUUGAUUUUACCUCUGGAGUCCAAUGGAUUACUUUUAUGAUGAUUUUGUGUGCUUUUUGGAGCUUCAAAGUUUUGCUCACCAUUAACUUGCAUUGUAUGGACCUACAGACAUCAUUUCUCUAUUAAAUAUCUUAAUUUGUGUUCCGUGGAGAAAUACAAGUUUGAGAUGUAAAUGAUGAGAGAAUUAUCAUUUUUGGGUGAUCUAUUCUUUUAGGUUUACACAUGCGCUCGUCCUUCUACGAAUUGAGUGACUUCAGAAGACAUGACAACAUUUCCGUUAAGGAACAUACAGUUGUAAACAUAACGAAUGUCUAGGUUAGUAUUGUAACCUCGUUCCCUGAUGGAGGGAAUGAGACAUUGUGUCGAAGAAGCGAUAUUAGGGGUCUCUCUUGAGAGCCUCGAUCAUCUCUGAACUUGAGAAAAGGCCAAUGAGAAAUUGGCAGACAGAAUUUGCAUGUCCCGCCCCGGACAUAUGGAUAUAAAGGGAGGGAAAUGAGUCUGUCCAAUCAGGAUUUUGCCCUGAGGAGCCGAGAAUGAGGUUCGGCCAUAACAGUGUUCAGCGCCGUUGCCGGGAGGACACAACAUCUCGUUGCCUCCAUCAGGGAACGGAGGUUACAAUAGUAACCUAGACGUUCCCCGAAUGUCGCUCACUUCGACGUUGUGCCGAAGAAGCGACACUAGGGGUCCAUAUUUAAUCACGCCAUGCGCUGAACUGUGUACGUGCGCUGCUGAAGCAGGUACGGGCAGGCAGUUGCGUGCCAAAGCGACAGGCCGCAUCAGACUGCAUGUACCCUUCCCCCCCCCAUUAAAUCAUCAUAACCUUCUGGUUCCCUACACCCCGAAGGGGGAGAACAAGGCGACGUGCCAAGCAUGGGAGCAAGCCGCACCUUUUCUCUCUCUAUGUUUCUCGCAUAGAGUCAAAGUGACUGGGGCUUAACGCUAUCACACGUGUUGGGGAAGGCGUUCUUUUCCAAUUCCUAUUCUUUCAGGGGGAAAAGACCCUGUGGAGACCACACCUGCCCAGGCUGGGGUAGGUAAAUAGUGGUGAAAUACAUCACAUGGGUUUUCAGGCCACAUGUGGAGAAUGGUGCGGUGGUAGAUCCUACCUAUUGAGAGGGAGGAGUUGCUACAAACAUGGCGACCAGGGGGCAGCGGGGACUACCCAAGGGAGACGCAGGUCCGCUCGCAAGAGGGACCAUACCGCGGAAAUACACACGGGGAUUAAUCCACACGGGGGCCCUUCCUGUGCAGCACUUAUUCCAGUACAGAGUAGUUUCAGUACUCAUAGUGGGUCUGGUCGGGAAAUUCCUCCGCUGAAUUUGCGGACCAGAGGGCUAGGGAGGAGUCAUCCAGGGAGCCGAGUUAGUGGGAUCUCCUGGGAUAAAAGCGCACGUGAUCGCCUCAGUGGAGGGGAAAGGUUCUAGGUGCAAGCGGUACACCCAGUCAGUUGUUCUGCGUUACCGAGUUCUACCGGCUCGGACCUGAGAAAACACUGUUGUAAAAUCUCGUAAAGGUAUUGGGUGUUGGGUGCUGCUCUACAUAUAUCUGCUAGGGAGGUGCCAUUGGCCAGUGCCCACGAGGAUGCCACACUUCUCGUAGAGUGUGUUCGAACCCUUAAGGGGGCGGGCAUGGCUUGAGUGUGAUAGGCCAAUGCUAUGGUAUCAACGACCCAGUGGGAAAGCCUCUGUUUGGAGACAGCAUUCCUUUUCCGCUGUCCACCAAAGCAGACAAAUGAGCUGCUCAGAACAUUUAAAGCUCUGCAUCCACAUAAGUACGCAAAGCGCACACCGGACACAGCGACGAAAAAGGCUGGGGCUGCCUCCUCCCGGGGUAGCUUCGCUUGCAGGUUCACUACUUGGUCCCUGAAGGGGGUCUUAGGAACCUUGGGCAUGUAGCCCGGUCACGGUCUUAGGACGACAUGGGUGUCUGCCAGACCGAACUCCAGGCAGGUGUCACUGACAGAGAACGCUUGCAGGUCCCCAAACCUCUUGAUGGAGGUGAGCGCAAUCAGGAAGGCCGUCUUCAAUGAGAGGGCCUCAAGCUCAACUGAGUCAAGAGGCUCGAAGGGGGGUCUCUGAAGGCCGAGAGGACCACCGAGAGAUCCGAGGAGGGGAACAGGCUUGGCUGGGGAAGAUUCAACCUCCGGUGCCUCUAAGGAACCUGAUAAUCAAGUCGUGAUUACCCAAGGACUUGCCGUCCACUCCAACCUCUCUUGCAGGGAUGAAAGUACUGACCGAACUGCGCAUCUCUGCGGGUCUUCAGACUGGGAAGAACACCAAUUUGUGAACAAGCGCCACUUUGGGGCGUAAAGUUGCCUGGUAGAGGGCGCUCUGGUUAUGUUGAUUGUGUCUACGAUGGCAGGUGACAGGUCAAUUAGAACUUCCGCAUUCCAUCAGGGGCCAGACGUGGAGUUUCCAGAGGUCUGGGCGCAGAUGCCAGAGUGUGCACCGUCCUUGAGAAAGAAGGUCCUUCCUCAGGGGAAUUCGCAAGGAAGGGGCUGUCGCGAGGAGCACGAGGUCCGAGUGGGCCAGUAGGGGGCCACCAGAAUAACUUGUUUCUCGUCCUCCCUGACCUUGCACAGCACCCGUUGCAACCGCACACCUGUGCGCGUCUGUCCCGAGGGGAGCUUACGUUAGGGAGUACCAGAGCGGGCAGUGGGACGUCUCUUGGGAAGUAAACAAUUAUUAGUGGCGACAGCCUAACAGUGAAUCUACAGAUGCAGAAAAGAUCAGCCCCUCUUAAGUAACAGCGUCAUGGAAGUUUGGUGGUAUUUGUCAACAAUGCAAGCUCACAAUCAUAAUAUAACGUCUCAUUCCCUCCAUCAGGGAAUGGCGGUUACAACUGUAACAUGACGUUUUUCUUACUCUGCUCUAAAUGUAUUCUAGUCUUUAAGAAAAGCUUAACAUUUUGUAUUAUUCUUAUUAUUUGACUAUAUUUGGAAAGUAAUUAUUUCCCUUCAGCUAUUUCUCAAAUAUUGUACAGAGGUAUUGUUCCAAAAUAUUGUGAAAAAUCGUUUGAGGGUUCAUUCCUAAAAACGUAUUCUUUUUAGAAGUUAUUGGUUUCUUAAAAUGAAAUAAACAUGGAUGAUAUCAGCAUCGCACGUACAUGUCAUUGUUGUGACAGUUAUUAUGAAAGUUUUCUGAUAUUAAUCUGUUCUGAAAUGCUUUUGAUGUCAAUAAAGUCGAGUUGGAUUUA